AUGUAUUUGUGCCCACAUCAAAAUGCCACCUCUUACAAGACGUCAUUAUGUAAAGGAGAUCUUACAAGCUGCAUCCCGCAUCUUGGGUUCAUCCUAAUCGCAUCUCUCCUCCUCCUACUCUAUGGAUACUGCCCUCCUCUCAGACGGAGCAAGACACCAUACACCCUCCGCUAUACCUUCCACAAUGGCAGAUGGAUCUUGCUUCUUACACUCAUCUUCUUCAUGAUAUUCGCCAUCUUAGAUGGAGUCUUAUCAGACUUGAAGUCUGUUGCACCUCAGACGCAGCAACAUCUGUACCUACCGUCUAUCUGUGCUGGUGUAGCUGCCAUUCUUGCCUGUGUGUACUACCAUCAUAUGGAGGCAUGGCUUAGACCUGGCUUCAUAUGGCUUCUAGUGGCUUACUGGGUGAUGGCAUUACUAGGGGAGUGUUUGAGACUAGCAAACUGGAUUGAAGAGCCGGGUAAUGUUGAUUGGAGAAUCGUUCGCUUCAGUACGAUUGUGCUUGCUUUGUUUUUAUAUGGACUGUUGGUGCUAUUGGAGUUGUGUGCCGUCUUGGAAACAUUUCUUGGGCAUUCACAUGAAAUGACGGAUGAUCUUCCACCGGAUCUUCGGAAUCCAUCCAUGAAAUUUUUCCUGAGGUAUGUAAGUUUGCCUUCUAAGGUUUUAUUUCAUUGGGAGCUGUGGUUAUUGCGUCUGGGUUGGAAGAAACCAUUGGAGAUGAGCGAUUUAGGGGAUCUCUCUAAAAUGACCUCAUCACGCUACAACGAGUAUGUAUUUGAAAAAUGUAUCAAUGAGGAAAAGGAGCGCGCCAUGAGAAAGGGUGGCCUGAAACUCUUCUCACUCUACCGAGUCAUCUUAAAGGCACAAUUCUCGUGGCACUUCACAGCAUUUCUCAUUAAAGUAGUGGCAGAUUGUUCAAACUUCGUCAUACCACUGACUGUUGGAGCUAUAAUCAAAUAUGCUUCGGUUGUGUACUACGGCAAAGAAGAGGUGACUGAUCAGUACUCUGAGUUUGUUACUGUCGAGGAAUUCUUCAGUAACGGUUUUGUUCUCCUAGCCAUCAUGACUCUGGCCGGUUUCAUCCGAUGCAUUGUGAUACAAAACUACUACUACUGCACAAUAAUGUCCGGUAUUCUUCUUCAAGCUGGAAUGCAGGCUGCUAUCUACAACAAAUCUCUUCGUCUUUCUGGAUGGACCAUGACAAGUGGUGCCAUGACGACGGGUCACAUCACCAACUUCAUAUCAGUUGACAUCCAGAACAUGAGGGUUUUUUGUGAGUUUGUUCACUAUGCCUACUCCAUCCCUCUCAUAAUAACUGUGUUUAUGAUUAUGCUGUAUGACAUCCUUGGUGUGGCACCUCUGAUUGCGUCGAUGUGUCUCAUUCUCGCCAUCCCAUUCCAGUACCAGCUCGCCAAGCUUCAAGCCAGAUUACAAAAACAUGCAUUGGAAAUCUCCGAUGAUCGUCUGAAACAGACCCGUGAGAUGCUGCAAGGAAUGAAACUCAUCAAACUUUACGGCUGGGAGAAAACUUUCUGUGAUAUCAUCACUUCCGUCCGCAACAGAGAAAUUAAGAAGUUGAUGUUAGCAAGUGUGUUCUUGUCUGUUUCCGUUUUUACAAGUUAUUCAAUUCCAGCCUUGUUCACCCUCUUGACUUUUGUGCUUUUCAUUGCAAUAUCUGGCUCGCCUUUAACUCCGGCCAUUGCCUUCACCACACUCACUAUUGUCAGCCAGCUUCACUUCCUUGUCAAAAUGGUUGCCGACCUUAUUCAGUACUCCAUCACGAAUCAUGUCAGCAUUAAGAGACUGAGUGCAUUCUUCUUAGCUAAGGAGAUUGAGAGGGAAUUCCAAGAUGAUACUGGAAUCAUCACGGAUGAGGCGCACGGGAUACAGGCUCGCAACGGCAGCAUGGCUCCUGAUGAGGUAGAGACACAUGACAGAAAGCCGCCCAAGUCAAAUACAAUGAGGUUAAGAAGCAGAAUCUUUGGUAAGAGUGCCUCAAAGUAUCACAAUGGGAAAGAUACUGCACUGUCUAUUGAUUACAUGCAGUUGCCAGCUGAACCAGAAGAAGACGAGACCGAGUUUGGGAUCGCUCAACCAGAUCUGCCCGAUAAUGUAGCUAUCAAGAUACAAUUUCUUAACAGUAUCAUUAGUCCGCUCUUUAUAUUAGUUGUUAUACCUGUAGCUAUAUGCUUCUUCAGAAUGCACCGUUUCUUUAUCACAUCGUCCAGGGAAUUACAAAGGAUGGACAGUAUAACAAAGUCUCCAAUCUACGCACACUUCUCGGAGAGUCUUAAUGGACUGUCAACUAUACGUGCUUAUAGAGUUGAGAGGAGAUUUAAGGAGUUGCUAUUGGAUGCUAUAAAUCUGAACACUCUGGCUUUCAUUCAUCUUAGUACAUGCAAUCGAUGGCUCGGUGUUUCCUUGGAUCUUAUAGGAUGCCUGUGUAUCUUUCUAGCUGUUUUGAUGUCUCUAAUUGUAGCAGUUACCUCAUCCCUCGAGCCAAGCUAUGUAGGGUUGGCUCUGACGUACUCAUUUGUGGGAUCUACCAGUCUAAAUUGGUUCAUCCGUCACUCGUGUGUUCUUGAGAUGCAAAUGAAUGCUGUCGAGAGAAUCAAAUACUACAGCAAUAUUGUUACAGAAAACUACGAAGGUACCUCACCAGACUCAGAAUGGCCACAGCGUGGUGCGGUUACAGUAGAGGAUGUAUCAGUACGCUACGCUGAGACUCUGGAUCCAGUCUUAAGCAAUAUCUCUCUGAAUAUUGAACCUGGGCAAAAGGUUGGUAUAUGUGGGCGCACUGGUAGUGGAAAGUCAUCUCUUACAUUAGCUUUGUUCAGGAUAGUGGAUAUGGUCGAAGGUAGAAUCUUGAUUGAUAAUGUAGAUAUUGCUACAUUACCUUUGGGUCUUCUACGCCAGUGCCUGUCCAUCAUUCCUCAGGAUCCUGUACUAUUCAGUGGUUCUAUCAGGUUUAAUCUUGAUCCUCUGGGAAAGUGCAGUGAUGAAGACCUCUGGACUUCACUGGAGAUUGCACAGCUGAGAGCAACAGUUACUAGCCUAGAAGCCGGUUUAGAUUAUUGUGUAUCAGAAGGAGGUGAUAAUUUCAGCAUGGGUCAGAGGCAGUUAUUCUGUUUGGCCCGUGCCUUCCUCAGGAAGUCUCGUAUUCUCAUCCUGGAUGAAGCAACUGCAUCUAUUGACAUAGAGACGGACACCAUUGUUCAGAGGGUUUUAAAUGAGGAGUUUAGUAAUCGGACAAUUCUUGUCAUAGCGCAUCGUGUACGGACCAUAUUGGACUCAGAUGUCAUUAUAGUGCUGAAUGAUGGAGCUGUUAUUGAGUGUGAUACGCCACAGAACUUACUGGUCAAAGAGGACGGUCUGUUUGCUGCAUUUGUGGAUAGCGCUCAACACUGA